GCUGUAUCAGUCCUGGUUCCUGACCCGGACGUGUGCGUCGUGGAGCGGGCGGUGCCGUUCUUCUACAUCCGGUGCGCUCGAACCUUUCACGAGCAGCAGCAGAAGAAUGGAGCGAGCCGCUAACUAACGACGCUCCGUGUUCCUGUUACUGUUAGCGAGAAGCACCAGAUCAGUCACAACAAGUAACACCUCUACUACCUGCACGUUAGAGCUCCGGACAGACAGCCGGGCACAUUAAGGGCGUGACAAACACAACAGCAGCCGCGUCCGGACCGUGUGGCUCCAGCAGCGCGGAGGUUUUCCACCUUCUCUUUCCUAUGACAAAUGUUGAGGCCAGAGAUCAGCCUGUUCAACAUCUGUUAGAGGUGAUAGGGUGAGGACGGGGAGGAGCUGUGCCAGGUUUUGUCUCAUGAGAGUGACUGUGCCAUCCAGGCACUGCCAGUGACCAGGGCUGUGGCUGUGGUGGGCCCGGCCCAGGAGGCCUUUUUGUACAUCACUCCAGGCUCCCGCUGACCUGUGCUGCUCACACCAUGGAUCAACAGAGAGAUAAAUAUGGCGAGCGGCCCGCCAGGACCACUAAAGUUUCCCAGGGAAGCCGCAGCGGACACUCGUCCCGACCAUCUGGCUCCUCCAGCUCCUCUGGGGUUCUCAUGGUGGGGCCAAACUUUCGUGUGGGCAAGAAGAUCGGCUGUGGAAACUUUGGUGAAUUGAAGCUCGGUAAAAAUCUCUACACCAACGAGUAUGUAGCUAUUAAACUGGAACCAGUGAAGUCGAGGGCACCACAGUUGCAUUUAGAGUACCGGUUCUACAAAACACUGGGAACUACAGCUGAAGGCGUGCCCCAGGUGUUUUACUUUGGGCCCUGUGGGAAAUACAAUGCCAUGGUUCUGGAGCUGCUGGGCCCGAGUCUAGAGGACCUCUUUGACCUUUGUGACAGGACCUUUUCACUGAAGACUGUCUUAAUGAUAGCUAUUCAGCUGAUUUCUCGAAUGGAGUAUGUGCACUCUAAAAACCUCAUCUAUAGAGAUGUGAAACCUGAAAACUUUCUCAUCGGACGACAAGGGAAUAAAAAGGAACACAUCAUCCACAUCAUCGACUUUGGUCUGGCCAAAGAGUACAUCGACCCCGAGACCAAAAAACACAUUCCAUACAGGGAGCAUAAGAGCUUGACCGGCACUGCCCGAUAUAUGUCCAUCAAUACACAUUUAGGCAAAGAGCAAAGCCGGCGAGAUGACUUGGAGGCCUUAGGCCACAUGUUCAUGUAUUUCCUUCGUGGGAGUCUACCGUGGCAAGGACUAAAGGCCGACACGUUGAAAGAACGAUACCAGAAGAUCGGAGACACAAAACGAAACACUCCCAUCGAGGUCCUCUGUGAGAACUUCCCAGAGGAGAUGGCCACCUACCUGCGAUAUGUGAGACGGUUGGACUUCUUUGAAAAGCCCGACUAUGAAUAUCUGCGGACUCUGUUCACGGAACUGUUUGAGCGAAAAGGAUACACCUUUGACUACACAUACGACUGGGUUGGCAGGCAGAUACCCACACCAGUGGGGUCUGUCCAUAUAGACUCUGGAGCAUCUGCUGUGACGAGAGAGAGCCAUCCUCACAGAGACCGGCCCUCACAGCACCCACCAAUUAGAAAUCAGACAGCAGUCUCAGAUCGACGAGGAGCAUGGGAGGUGCAGCCCACGCGCCAAGCAAACUCCUCCUAUCUGACCUCCCACCUGGCAGCGGACAGGCACGGGGGCUCAGUGCAGGUGGUCAGCUCGACCAACGGGGAGCUGAAUGCAGACGAUCCACUGGCUCAUUCCAACGCUCCCAUUACAGCUCAGGCAGAGGUGGAAGUGGUCGACGAGGCCAACUGCGUGAAAAUGCUCAACCUGUGGUGCUGCUGUUUCUUCAAGCGAAAACGGAAGAAGAACACGCCGAGGCACAAAUGAUCGUCCACCACCGGCCUGAAACGCCCCAAGUGUCCGGCUCAGUUGAUUGUGAUUUCAAAAAUCAAUAAGGUCCCAUUCCGAAUAAAAGAGGGAGACAACUGAAAGAUCUUGAUUGAAUUGUUCUCCGGUGGGACCCGUUAUAAAUGGCUUGUUGAGAUGUACAAGACGCUUGUGUCUUUUGAUGGGAGUCUUUUUUCAUUUUUUCUUCUUUUUUCUUUUUUUUUUCCUCCAAGAUGUGUGGGAAUGUUUUGCGGGCCAGUCGUCCAAACCGGGAACCUUUUUGUUGGAAUUUUGCAGAGGAUAAUCUUUUUUUGUUUUUUCUCCCUGAGACACCCAGCAUUUGUAUUUUUUCUCUCCUCAUUUUUGCCGUAUUUUUUGCUCCUGUUUCUCGCCUGUGGUAUUGCAAAGGAAGAGACAGAUCUUCCUGUGGAGUCUUGCCACCUUCAGCCUGUUGCAUAAUAUGAUUUCUUUGUUUGACUCACAAAAUCAUGUUUCCCGUCUGUCAAGUCCCAGUUCAAAGUGGUUUGCCCCCUCGUUUAGUUUGCGAACUCAUUUUGACACGGAGCCCUUUUGGUCAUUCCUGACGUGGGACUGAAUGUAAACCCGAACACACGAGGAGCCAAGAGUGUAACUGCCCAUCUUCAGGCACAAAGAGCAUCAGUCUGCCAUUUGGCCCCUGCACUUUUUUCCUCCAAAGAGGUCAACCCUGGCACUGGGACCCGGGCCUGAGAGAACAGAAGACCAGAGACGCCUCCUGCACUGUGUUCUCUGAGGAGGAUUUCUGCUCACGCUGCUUGGUUAAAGCGCUCCCCUUAACCACGCCGCUGUCGAAAAAACACACUACAGUCUCUUUUUGACUCACAUGCAGUUUUUGCUCUUGUUGGCUUUGUGAUAAUGAGCAGACACUUGUACAUGGGGCUGAAAAAUAAUGCUAUUUAUGCUAUUUAUCUCUUGGUUGCCACCAGUUUUUCUUACUAAUUCUAAAACAUACACACUGAAUGUAUGGACAGAGACGUAAAUGACUUUGGAGCAUUUAUAUAAUCUGUCAUGCGCAUGGGAAGGAAAUUGCAGUUAAGGAGUUAAGACCAAUGUUUUAAAAAAAAAAAAGGAAAAAAGUGAGACCAAAACUAUUAGAGGGUCUUAAAUGUUCUUGAUCUUAAUAAUGUGAUGGUUAAUAAUGGACUCUACACCAGUAGACACUGGGGGCUUUGGAGUGACAAGAGAAACUGGCGUGAUGUGCUUUGGAGAUUGAAUCACAGCCUCUCGACGCUACUGUCCAAUGCCUUAACCCCGACCAACCGACCAGUCGACCACCACAUCACAUCACCAGUUGGAUAGACAAGUUGGCAGCAUGACGGUUGUGAGAUUUGCAAUUAUUUUGGGGUCACCUGUAUAAUAAAGCCCAAAGUUGCGGACUGUUCCCCAGCUAGCAUCAGAGCAGUUAAUGACUUCCCUUGUAACACUGAGGAUCCCAAGAGCGAGCAAUGCCAAAUGGAAGGUUUGGUGUAAUAAUGUGUAACGGUGUAAUGGCGUCCCUGCCCCCUGCGUGUCCAGUCUGAAGACCCCCUGUGCUGCAAAGCGAUGUUUUAAGUUUGGACGACUCUGCUGAACCCUCCUGUACCCCCCCCCAACCCCCUCCCGGUCCCUCCUCUCCUCGACGCCGAGAGAGAAACGUCAGCGAGGGCGGAUAAGUGAACGUGUCCAUACCAUUUUUAUUUUCAUUUAGUGUCAUGGAGGACUGCCUUGAAACAAUAUCCUCGAUAUGUCACCUUGCCUAUCCUCCAAACAGAGAGUGAAUUACCGUACAUAGGUGUUUUAUUUUUUUAUUUUAUAUCUUGCUAAUGUGAAUUUCUUUGAAUGCAAUUUUUUUUUUUCCAUUCCAAAUAGCCAUGGUUUUAUGGGGAAAGAGAGGGUAACAAAAAAAAAAGCUUGAGACCAUGACUGCACUACAUUUGUUGACCCCGGCUUUCCCUGACAAGACCCUGCCUUCUUAAUACUGUACUUUAAACGUGCUUAUUACUUUAAUUGUAGCUGCCUCGUGUGCUAGGCCUUCCCUAUAGGGUGCAGGGAAUACACUUUAAAUCGACUUUUAUCCCCACCCACUCCUUUUUUUGUUGUGCCAUGACACCCUCUCCCUUUCCUCUCUACACACACACACAUACACAUACACACAUACACAUACACAAGUCCUAGAUGAAUCAACUGUCAUCGCAGUGUUAGAUUUGGCGUUUUGUGGACCUGCUCCAUCAUCUUUAGAAAUGUUGUAGAUGUUGCAAACUAUCUCAAAGAAUCAGUAUGUAAACCUGCUUGUUUCGUGUAUUUACACUGUAUAGCUUUCGGUUUAUUCUCACCCCCCUGACAUGUCAGUUUCUCCGGGGUCUAAGUUAUUGUGUUAUUGAAAGUACUUGAAUAUGAAAAUCUACGGGACCUUUUCUUGUUUGUUUUUAUUUUCUUGGUCGUCAUUAUCAUAGUAAUUCCACGCAUAGGAUUUGAGGGGAUCGGUGGGAAAACAGGCUAUUUUGAAUGACAGGUAUUCAUUUCUUUGAGACGUCUUAGUGCCUCGUGAGUGUGUUGGACAGGUGUCGGACUUACCUGUGGUGUCCUGUGUUAGCUGACCGGAUGAGGUUUUUACCCGGAGGGGGUGCAGUUAGGUGUUGGUUUGGAGGUUAAAAUCUCCCUGUGAAACAUUCACCAUAAUGUAUUUUGAUCCGACACCAAACCUGUGACAUCUGCUGCCUUUUGAUUCUCCCCACAAAGCAUCAGCGGCACCCGGACUGUUUUCAUUCCAGCUUUCCUGAGAAAAGUUGAAAGUAUUUCUGCGUAGUGAGAUGGAUGUCCAGACGAUAUAGCCUUCAACGUUCCCCCUGAAUUCCCCGAGUGCCAUUCCUGAGACGACUACUACUACUACUAGCCCAUGCCUUUUACCUGUGCCAGGAAAAUAUGAAGUUGAAUGUUUCUUUUGACCAUCGCAUUCCACCUUGUGUCCUUGACGUGUCCACUGUCAUUAAUGAAAAACUCGCAGAGCGACGUGGCUCAAUUCAGUACCAGGAAGUGUUGUUGGAGUUGUCGGAAAAAAAGUGUUUUAUGAGUCGCUUCUGUUGGUUCUCUUAAUGUUGAAACCAAGUUUAUUAUUUUAGAGUUGUGACUGGUCGUCUUUGCAACAUCUGCUUCUUCCUUAAACUGUGGGUCGUCCGGCUGAACUGGUAGAUAUAGAUAUAUUACUCUGAUGUAUUUACUUUUUACUCUCUGGGCCUCAUACAGAGCGAUAUAGGAGUACUCUGUAUGGUUUGUAUCUGCAUGGCUUAUCUGGAGGCGACAGCAAGCGGUCUUUCUCUCUCUCUCUCUCUCUAUCUCCAGUGAAUCUUCUCACCUGUCGGCUCAUAAUACUGUUGGGUCAGUGAGACGUUACGGCUUCCAGUCCUCAUGUAAGAUAAAUAACUUUUUCAUGUCUUCUCACAGCACAUUCCAUUUCAGUUCCCAUUAUUUCUGAUAAACUUCACUUCAGUCAGCCUUGUGUUUAUGGCUUUGGUUGUGUGUAAGUCACAUUCCUGUGUGUCAAAGCUGUGUAAAUCAAAGCAAAGGACAGUUAAAGUGUGAAUGAAUGGCUUUAGGUCUUUAUGGGUUCUCUGGCACUUUUCCCUUGUUGCUGUACUGUAGAGUUGUCUUGGAUUUACUGUAUAUUUUUCUUUGAGGGAGAGGUUUAGGGUGACAUUUACUGCAAUAUUGUGAUGAUUAUUUGAAAAUUGUAAAUUGUACAGAGUUCACAAUUAUACUCUUUGUUCUUUCUGUUGGGAUUCCAUAUAAAAUAUGUAUUCUUUGAUUUUUUUUGUUUUGUUUUUGUUUUCCUCUCAGACUGUGGAAAAUCAAAUUGUACAGCUCCAAGAGUUUAUCCUCCCCUCAGCAUUGUUUUUUUUCAGAGCUAUGAUUAAGAGAAAUCUUAAAACUGUAAAUAAAUAUUAUUGUGUUGAAAUAUGAAUGUCACUUCAAAAAUGUAUUUGAAUGAGUUAGUCAAGGGCUUCAAGAAUGAAGGACCCAAAUUUCUUCUUUUUAUGGUUUCAUAUUUUUAAUUUACAGAAAGGUAAAGGUCCUUUUUAUCUGAGAUGCCUAUGUUUUGUUUUGUUUUCCUCCUUGGAUUCAUAUAAUACAAUGUGUCACACAUGAACCUUAUAAAAUCACUUUUUAUUCCCUCCACACCUAAAGGGAAACUCCAGUUUGCACCCUUUUUUAUGUAAAAUAAAAGAUCUCUCCACCUUG